AUGAAUUUGGUGCUAAAUGAGGGUGGUUUCAAAAUCAAACAUUGGAUUAUGUCUAACAAUGAAACUUUUGACAAGGAAUUAAAAUUGUUAUAUGCUGGUGAGGAAAAGGUUCUUGGUUUACACUGGAUUCCUAGAGAGGAUAUAUUCUUCUUCAAGAUUAAGGUGGACUUUAAUAGAUCCAAGAAAAGAAUUUUGGAAAAUGGAGUAGACAUAAAUACAUCCAAUAGGAUAAUACCUAAAGACUUAAUAAAGAGUAUGGUGCUUAGUCAAGUAGCUACGAUUUAUGACCCUUUAGGACUUAUCAUUCCCUUCACUUUGAAUGCAAAAGUCUUAAUGAGGGAGCUAAUUACAAUUAGUCGCUCGGAAGGCAAUAGAUGUGACUGGGACGAUCCCAUGUCUGACGAAAUGAGAGAGAAGUGGAGCAAAUUUUUUAAUGAUAUGCGAGAGUUGGAGUUUUUGUCAUAUGCGAGAUGUGUAAAACCCCUAGAUGCAAAAGGAGAUCCAAUGCUAGUUAUAUUUACAGACGGCAGUUCAGUUGCAUAUGGAGCAUGUGCUUAUGUAAGGUGGAGCCUAGAAGGGGAUUCUUAUGUAUCGCAAUUGAUCCUUGCUAAGAACAGAAUUGCUCCCACCAAAAAAUUGACAAUACCUAGAUUAGAGUUAUGCGGUGCCGUACUGUCAUGUAGAUUGAGAGAUAUAAUUGAGAAACAAAGUGAUUGGAAAUUCAAAUCUAUUGUACAUAUUGUUGACUCAUCAAUUGUAAGAGCACAGAUUCAGAAAGAAUCUUAUGGAUUUAAUACUUUUGUAGCCAACAGGGUUAAUAGUAAGAACAAUCCAGUAGAUUUUACCACUAGACCAUGUCCUCCUAACGUCUUGCAUGAAAAUUCUGUGUGGCAAAAGGGACCAGCCUUUAUGUCGCGCCCAUUUGAUACUUGGCCUAUAAGUCAGUUUUGCAACAAUGAAGUUCCUGAUAAGGUUGGUAUUGUUUUGACUUGUAGACAGAAAAGCUGUGAUGAAGAAAAGACUAGUGUGAUUAACAUGAGUCGGUUUAGCAGUUACACAAAAUUACUGCGAGUUACUGCAAGAGUUAUUGCAGCAAUUAAAGUUAAAUCAUUAAAGGCUAUAGCAUGCUUGCCAACUCCUGAAUUAAUGCAUGAAGCAGAAAUGUAUUUGAUACAGACAGAACAAAGCAAGUUACAAUCUGCUUGGAGGAAGGCCUACCAUCGUUUGGAUCCAAGUAUAGACAACGGUAUCAUAUUCGUAGGUGUGAGAAUUGCAAAUUGGUUAAAGGAAAAUUGGAACCAAGACAGAUUUAUUUUGAUGCCGUCAAAUAGUUACCUUAUCAAAUUAUAUGUUCAGCACUUGCAUAAUAGUGACCACAGCGGAGUCGAAACUACUUUAGCUAAAUUACAAUGUAAGUACUGGGUUAUUAGUGCCAGAAGACUAAUAAAGUUUAUUAAGAAUAAAUGUAUCCCAUGUAAAAGAAUAAGUGCUCAAACUGUUGCUCAGAAGAUGGGUCAAGUUGCCCAGGAAAGAUUACGUCCUACUCCACCUUUCUAUCAUACUUCACUAGACUUAUUGGGCCCUCUUACUAUUAGAGAUACGGUAAAACAUAGAACAUAUGGAAAAGCUUAUGGGGUAAUAUUCAAUUGCCUUGUUUCACGAGCAGUAUAUGUAGAUUUGGCAGAAAGUUAUGACACAAAAGGUUUCUUGACAGUUUUCCAGAGAUUUAUAACAAUUAGAGGAUAUCCUAAGACCAUACAUUCUGAUUUGAGAAGUCAAUUAGUUGCUGCUUGCAAGGAACUCAGGUUAGACAAGUCAAAGCUUCAAAAAUAUGGUGCUAACGGUGGUACUACUUGGAUUUUCAAUAAGUCUGCUGACGCUCCUUGGCAGAAUGGAUGUAGCGAAGCACCAAUAAAAUCUGUUAAACGUGCUGUACUCAUUGCUAUUGGAGAUAGUAAACUGACAUUCGGAGAAAUGCAAACAGUGCUUUUUGAAGUAGCUGAUUUAUUGAAUUUCCGACCGAUCGGCAUCAAACCUGGCAGUGGCUGUGAACUUGGAUCAUAUUUAUGUCCUAAUGACCUGAUAUUAGGCCGAACAAGUAGUAAAGUUCAAGCAGAUAUGAAAUUUGUAGAUCAAAACUAUAAGGAUAGGUUGGAAUUCAUGCAACGUAUCUUCGACUGUUUUUGGAAAAAGUGGCAGAGACUACUUUCCAACUUUAAUGGUAAGGCAAAAAUGGCAUGUGGACAAAAGGAAUGUUAA